AUGAAUCUCGAUACUUCGUCUUUUCGACGGUCUUUAGACGAAGAACAUAGCCAAAAUGAGGAUUCCGACUUUGAACCGUUUCCCACUAGUAUGAAUCCUGAAAAUGCAAACCAUAAGGAUUUGACAGAAAAGCAAAGCAGGGAUUCUUUGCAAGAGACGAAUGAGACAAAUACUGCUUCUCCCGUAGAUGAGUUUCAACCUUUCGAAACGGACGAGCCGAAUGCAAUGGAGGGAGAAGCAAACCAUAAGGACAGUCCAACAGGAGAGAACGAACUACCAAGCUUAACUUAUGAAGCAGAAGAACAUAUAUUAGAGGAAAGUAAUGAUUUUGAUGAUUUUGGCGAAUUCGGCGAAGUGGAGAUAGAGGCUCCUAUUGCGACUUUCGAGGGAGAUCAUUGGUUUGAGAAUUUUGAAGCUUCUGUUCACGCUUUGUUUGGUCCUCCUAAAGACCCCGAACCUCUUCCCGAAUCACCUCUUGAUCUCGCAAGGAUCUUAUCGUUAUGGGAUAAACUCAUUGAAAUGCCCGUCCUUCAACGGCCCGACUGGUUACGCUCCAGCAUUCGACAUAUCUUUUUGGUCUCUAUGGGGCUGCCAGUUGAUUUGGACGAGUUGUUACCAACACAAUCGAACUUUCCGGCUUCUUCUACUUCUUCUUCUUUCAAAAAUAUCCUUAAAAUCUCGACUUCUACUACGCAGUUAGAAAACGAGCCCUCAUUCAAUUACACAGUUGCUCGACGUCUAUGUUGUACUACCCAGGAAGUACUUGCAUCUCGAUCUCCCGAUGCUCUAGUCGAGCAUAUAGAAAUGUUGAAGCAAUACGUUUCAGAGGCCACUGCUCUAGCACAGUACUGGACUGAUAAGCGCGACUCAUCGUUGAAUGAUAAAUUACUUUAUGAAACAGUGGUAGAUGAUCUUGUGCAGCUUAGUAAACGCUUACGAAAGUCCGCUCGUUAA